AUGGAUGAGGCCAACAGAGAGAAUGGGACAAGCAAAACAAAGACGCCGGCGGAGUGUUUUAAGCUUGCUGGAGGAACAAGUACGGGGGGCUUGAUCUGUAUUAUGCUCUUUCGAUUAAGCAUGUCGAUCGAUGAAGCGAUAACGGCGUACAAAUCAUUGUCACAAACCUUGUUCCAGCCCAGCUUCAUCUCUAAAUAUUUAGGCGGUGCCUACAUCAGAACGAUGUUUGGCUUAUCUUGGUACGAGGGCUCGUCGCUCGAGCAUGCAGUCCGAGACGAGGUCGUUGCUCAGGGGCUAGAUCCAAAUGCUACUUUGCUAGACCACAGCUCUGUGCCAGGCACUGAAGGGUGUCAAGUGGACAACUUCGCUCUUCGCUUUCGCUCUUACAGAUUUCCCGAUGGUUCACUGCCAACAUACAGUUCGGCUACCAUCGUUCAGGCUGCUCGCGCGACAUCGGCGGCGCCCUUUUAUUUCCCCCCAGCAACGAUAGGUAGGACGGAGUUCUGGGAUGGAGCACUAGCAAACAACAAUCCCGUGGAUGAACUCUGGGCUGAGAAAAGCCUGUUGUUUCCCCGCUGGAUAACAGAUAAGCCGGUUGUCAAAUGUGUGCUGAGUCUGGGAACAGGAAGAUUUGACCCUUCACGAAAGAAGCGGAGCUGGAUUGCGUCACAUCCUGCCAUCUCCAAGGGAGCGCAGCUGCUGGAGAACCUGACCAACGUCGAAAACGUGCAUCGCAGAUUUGACCAGCUGAUGAGGGCCGAGGGAGUGUGGUACUUUCGGUUCAACCCGCCAACCACAGAGGAUGUUGAUUUGGCUGAGUACAGAGAGGAAAAGCUGGCUGGGUUGGAGGCCGACGUGGAGAGGUAUCUGGAGAGGCCCCAUAUUAAGGUGAUGCUGAGGCUUUGUGCUCAAUUGCUGGGCUGA